AUGGCGAGAGGAUCCGACUGUCGCGCCAGAUCCACCGAGCUGGAGGAGGAGGAGGAGGAGGAAGAGGAGAAUGUCGCUCGGGAAUGGAUGAAGAAGGCAGUACUGUUUGUCCUCACUCUCUCAGGGCUGUCUGUUCUGGCUACAAACGUCUUCAGAGAGUACCACUAUGUAAAGAUGUUAAAGACCUGGGCUGAAGCUCAGAGUUAUUGCAGAGAGACGUUCACUGACCUCACCACUGUAGACAAUCAAAAAGACAACGACAGGCUGCUGAGUGUAUUGCAGGGCCUUGGAGAAUAUGCAUGGAUAGGGAUUUAUGAUGACCUGACCAGAUGGAAGUGGGCGCUGGGAAAUGCAGACUUCAACAAUGAUACAGAUUUCAGCAACUGGAGACUACAAGAGCCUAACAAUGUGCACUCCCAGGAGAACUGCACUGUGAUGAUAUCAGGUGGGCUUUGGCUUGACAUUCCAUGUCAGAGACUACAACAUGCAGCCUGCUAUUAUGAACAAGGUCCCUCCAUGUACAUUUUAGUGCAAACCGAUAUGACUUGGGACCAGGCUAUGAGAUACUGUAGGUCCAAUUACACAGACCUCGCCAGUGUCAGGAACAUGUCUGAGAACAAUCUCAUCUCCUCACUGCUGACAAAAAGCACCUGGAUCGGUCUGCACAGAAAGCUCUGGGCUUCCUGGUCUGACCAGACCCCCAGUACCUUCACAAACUGGAACAAGGGUCAACCUGACAACGAUGUGCCUCCGUCAUGUGCCGUGGUCAACACAACUACAGGAACGUGGUGGGAUAUCGACUGUGAGGCAAAGCACUACUUUAUCUGUCAAAAUGUGCUGAGCUCUCACUACAAAACAAUGUUAAAGUUUAAGUUCCAGUCUGAGGCCGACCUGAUUGAUCCUGCAGUUCAGAAGCAGAUUUUAGAGCAGAUGCAUGCUAAGCUUGAAAAAUAUGGAUUACCAGACGUUAAUCUCAGCUGGAUUCAGACAGAUGGGCAAACAUUUCACAGGGAACAAAAGAAAGAAGAAGGGUCAAGUGGCUGAACAGUCAUUGUGUGGAGGACAUCAUGGCCUUACAAAUUUCAAUUAAAAUUUGAACUGCUACUGUGA